AUGAUUGGAUCCUCCAGUCUCUCAGGCGACACCCUGAUAGCGUGCCACUUCCCUGUGGUCCAGCUUCCCACAUGGCAACUUCCUGUCCAGGCCUUGUGCAGCUCGGCCAAGAGGCCCGGCCGUCUGUGCUCCGUAGGCCUGGUCCGAGCUGUGUCGCUCCCGGAGCAGGACGCGCUCAACCGAGAGCAAGGCUUCGUCGGUGGCAGGAGACCUUUCUCCAGCAGCUACAGCAGACUCAAUGAGGAUCGGGCGGAGGAGGAGGAGGGGGGGGCCAGCGACAGCAGCGGGAGAUGCGACUCCACCUCGUCAUCAGAGGAGACGAGCUCCUACCUGAAGAAGGAAAGCUCUGAGGUGAGAGGCGGCGUGAGGUCGCACAACUCAUUCCUUCCCUGCACGCAGCUCGAUGAGGACGAGGAAGACGAGGAUAGCGAUGGAGAUAAUCUGCACAGAUAUCACGAGGACUCCUCUUUUCUAUUGCAUGGAAAUUCUAAUUGGCCACUGAGUAUUGGUGCCAGACAUGACGCCGUGCCCCUUGGAGACUUGGAGGGUGAAUGGGGCAAGGAAGGAGCCGUGCUGGGCAUUGAGAAGUACCAAGAGUGGCUCUCUAACCAGCCCGACCCCCUGGACUCGCUGCACACUGACCCCCAGUGCUCUCAUGGGAACAGAUCUGAUGUCAUGAGGAUGGUUCCAGGAGAGCAGCACUCCGACAGACACAAAUGUUCCCCGGAGGUGAUGUCUCACACAGAGUAUGUCAGCGACUCUUCCUGCAACAGUUCAGAUGGCAUCUUGGUUAACUUCUGCACGAUGUACAACCGGAGCAACAACCCCGCAGAACCUCGUGACCUUAGCAGUCCUGCACUUCCCCCAUCUCAGUCGCAGGAGGGAUCUGUGUUCCUCAACCUCCAUCCUGUCCCCCAGACUCGGACCGGGGAUCUCCAACAAGCUGACAUGACGGGUAACUCUCCCCUGAAAGAGGUCGACCUGACGCCCCCUGCUUCCUGCUGGUCACCUCAGGGCCUGGACUCUAACUGUAACCUGUUCUCCCUGGAGCCGCUGCCCCCGGGUCUCUCCUCUCUGGAGGUUUCAGACCUGACUGCCUGUCUACAGAGCCAGAGCACACUGGCCACUGGCACCAAUCAGAAGUACUACAAGCUUGUGACCUGCGACCUCUCCUCCCAGUCGCCCAGCCCGGCCUGGUCCAGCGUCAACAGCUGCCCAGAGGGUCCGAGCCGAAGCAGCCCCCUUCCUCCCUCUGAACACCUCUUCAUCCAUUAUUUGAAAGAAGGACCACACAAAGAAGAGAAGAAGGACAAAGUUGAUCAACAAAAAGAAAACAUGUUCUCCUCCCACUUCCAGACUGAUGAUUACCAGGCUGCCUCCACCUCCACUGACAAAGGAUUCUGCAGGAGGAAACACACAGACAGCUUCCAGGACCUCUGUUCACUGGGCCCCAGCCCGUGUAGCCCACAUAGCAGGAGAGGCCAAAACACAAGUGGUGCGUCCAUACAGCCAUCUGUGAAUCUGAACAGGGAGCAAUGUUAUACUGACGCUGCUGAGGGGGGUGCGUGUUCAGUGGAAAACACACUGGUGCGCUACAGUAAAGCCCAGCGGCCGACCUCGCUGCCCAUUCAGCCCUUCAUUCUGAUUCCUGCAGACAAACAGCAGAGUCAGGCGCAGCACCUGGGCUGUCUCCUGGAGCAGUACAUCAACCAAAAGAGCAGCAAGUCCAGCAGCUCCGAGCCCGGCCGCAGGGGCAAGGGCAAGAGUAGUCGGUGCUUUUCUAACCUUCAGCCAUCGCCCACGGGCAGUCGCCGCCCCAUCUUCCUGGAAGGCACGUCAAGCUCUGAUACCUGCUCCACCUGUACGCCGAGCCCGGAGUGCUUCGGCCGCAGACACACGUGGAGCCAGGCCAGCAGAAGCCAAGCACUUGGCAGUCCGUGCACAUACACAAAAAGCAGCCUGGAUCCAUAUCACACCAGCCCAAAGCCCAGGUGGAGUCAGGAGAUGGACAAAACAAACCCCUGCUCAGGCACAACUCAGACUAACAGUUUUUUAAAUCCAACCUCGGCUCCAAGUCAGUCGAGCCGAUAUAAAAUUCCCACCUACGAGGACCUGAUCCAGCUCACCCCUGAGCAGAGCUACGUCGACCUUCAGCCCCAGAACACCUCCUACCAUUCAAUAUUCUCUCAUACACCCCCCAUUUUACCCCUAACCACUGAUACACGUCACCCAAACCUUCAGGUCUCCUCAUCUACCCCUACAUUCUCACAAACAGAAAGGAAACAGCCACAGCGCAGAGCUACACCUUCAGCCGACUCCGGCUUCUUUCACGGGAGCUUCACAGCUGCCCUCUCCUCGGUCACUCCUCUCUCCUCUUUGGGUUCUCUGCUCUCUUCUGCUGCGUCCGGCCUCCAUCCACAGCAACUGCAGGACUCUGCCGGGCACAGUGGGAGACAGAGUCAGAGUCAGCAAAGUGAAUCUAUGAUCCUCAGCGACCGGCCGCCAACAGAGUUCUGCCUCUCGCCUGAAACAUCGUAUGAGUCCCUGUCUAUCAGCCACCUUCAGAGGAGAGGUUUGCUCAGAUCUGUGAGCAGAGCGGUGGAUUUGAUCAUGGCUCAUUUUGGCAGCAGCAGAGAUCCAGAAGAAAAGAUGCGUCUGGGGAACAGCUCUUGGAGUCCCACCAUUGCAGGUCUGGUCCUGGAGCAUCUGUGUCCGGCGAUCCAGAAUCUUUUAGAGGACGGGCUCAGAGAUCACAAACUGGAUCUCAUCAUCGGGCAGCGCCGCAACCACUCCUGGACGCUGGUAGACAUCUCUACCAGAAUAGGUAUUUGUACAGGUCCAUCCACCAGAGUCCUCCACAGCCUGGCGUCCAAAAUCAAACAAUGUGCCGAGCUCUCCAGCCACUGUAUGAGGCUCAGGGCCUUCAUAAUGGGUUUGCUUAACUUAAGAGCUUUGGAAUUCUGGCUCAGUCACUUUCAGAGUCAACAAAAUUUGAUAACAACAUACUACCACUCUUGGGGGUUCCUGUCAAUGUCACUGGGCCAGUGUCAGCCCUUGUUUCAGGAACUGCUGCUCCUGCUGCAGCCGCUCUCCGUGUUGCCCUUUGACCUCAACCUGCUCCUGGAGCCCCGACUGUUGGGCAGCAGACAUCUGUGUCCCGAGGAGCAGGGGGUCUUCCCACCUCAGCCGUGCUCAGCCCUCCUAGCGACCAGCUGGCCACUUCUGCAAGCCGACAGAAAGGUGGACAGCCGCCACAGCAGUCAGCAAACCAAGAUGUCACAACACAUAGGUGUGCAUCACCAAGAGUCACCCAGUCGUCUCAAGUCAAGCUCCAUCAAGCUGCAAUGUGGAGGGACGCAGGCCAACAGGAGCCAAUGGUUAGCUCCUAUUCCAGAGUGGUGCCAGAAAGAGCCUGACCUCCUGGACGGUGUGGUUGAAGCGGAGGACUGCACCCAGAACUAUGCAGAUACUUGGUCUCAGAUAAGUAUGGACAGUGGGCAAGAAGAGACGAGGAGAGAUAAAGACACUGGGACCCUGAACGCGUCAGCUGGUGUCCAGGUGGAGAGCCCCUGUACGGGGGGGCUGCGCUGGGCCAAACUGUUUGGAGCCGAUUCUUCCUCCAGAGCAGAGACAGUCUCUCAGAGUCACAUCGGAGCACAAACCAGAAGACGACCAUCCCAGUGGCUUCAUUUGGACAGAUCGCAGCUUGGACUGUUGGCUCAAUCCAUAAAGUCAAUGAAGACAGUAGCAGCACAGAUAAACAAAACCAAGUACUACUGA